UUGAACAUAGACUCUGCCUUAUCACUGCACACUCUCUCUCUCACACAGUCGCGUUUGCCACUUACGUUUUCUGUAUUAUAAAUACAGUUCAGCUGAGCUCGAUAGUUUGAAGAAUUGACUUCACAGUUUAUGCAUGAAAUGCAGAUCGACGGCGACAUAAUAGCACCGUUUGUGAUGAAAACCUACCAAAUCCUGAGCGAUCCGGCCACGAAUCGGAUCAUCGCAUGGGGCGGGGCAAACAACAGUUUCAUCGUGCUGGAGCCUUUGGAUUUUUCGCAGAGGAUUUUGCCGCUUUAUUUCAAGCACAACAACUUCUCCAGCUUCGUGCGCCAGCUCAAUACCUAUGGCUUCAGAAAGGUUGAUCCAGACAGAUGGGAGUUUGCAAACGAAUGGUUUUUGCGCGGACAGACGCAGCUAUUGAGCAAGAUUGUGAGGAAGAAGCACGUGAGCAGAGGCUACACUUCAUUCGUGAGCAAACACGAAGAAGAGGAAGAAGGUGAAGAUGAUGGUGGUGGUGGUGGUGUACCUGGUGGUGAUGAAUUGGUAAUGGAGAUUGAGAAGCUAAGACGCGAGCAAGAGAGUCUAGAGGAAGAGCUUGCGAGCAUGAGCCGGAGGCUGCAGGCAACGGAGAGGAGGCCCAAGCAGAUGAUGACAUUCUUGAGCAAAGUUGUUGAAGAUCCUCAAAGUCUGCCUGAAAUGAUGCUAAAUAGAGGAAAUGCGAGGCAAUUAGCGUAUGACAGCAGCAGCAAGAAGGGUAGGAUUAUGGAGUCUUCAUCGAGCUCUUGUUCUUCGGGUGUGGCAUUGCCUAGUUCAUCAGCCAAGAGUGAAGAGGAAAUUGGUGAGAAAUCUGAGGAUGAUAGGUUUGGUGUGUCUGUGAUCAGGCAGGAAUAUCAUGGUUAUGGAAAUCUUUUUAGCUCAUCAACUGAUUUCUUUUCCGGUGGUGUUGGUGUGUGCGGAGGCGGUGGUGGGGCAUUUGCCCCACCGAUGAAUGGUGGUGGAGUUAGUUGGAGUUAUUUUGAUGAUCUUGAGAUGGAUAGACAGACCCCAGCACCAUAUCCUUUCUCACUUCUUGAUGGAAGAUUUUAGCCCCUUUUCUUCCAAGGAAUUUUGAUUUUAAAAGCGGGCAUAAGAGUAUAGUGUGUUGAUGCAUUAUGUGUAGUUUUAAUAUGGAGGAGUACUAUAUAGUGUAUAUAUGGUAGAUUGGGUCAAAUUUAGCAAUUUAGAUCUAA